CAACGCCUGAGCUUCCGACGCGACUUCAUGCAUUCGCCUAGGAUUUGUAACCUCCCCCAAAAACCAUCGUUUACGAUAUCGUUGUCACUAUUUUCGUACUGAAUGGGGGCGAUUUGCGAAACGAACGGCUAUUCGGCCUGAUUUCGCGCAUACGAAUUUUCGAGACGUUCUUUUCUUUGCGACUGACGACAUCUCUUUCUCGAGCGAAACCCCACUACAGCUUCACGCGCAUCAUGUCAGAAGCUCGACAAGAUGCCGACUUCACUACACCCGCAGGCUAAAUUCGAUCCUAUUCCGCCUGAUUUGGACUUGUAUAGCUUGGUGGACAAGACCCCAAAUUUCAAAUGGGUUCAGCGUGUGUCAAGAAACCAAAUACGCAAUCUUGGACAACAAGAGUUUGAGAAGCUGGUGCUGAUCCACGUCAUCGCUGGCGGCAAACCCCUAGUCAUUGAUGGAUGGGAUGGAGUUCUGCCAAAAAGGCUUUUCGAUGUCCGUUGGCUGGAGGAGACGUAUGAUAAGCAACAGGAAAAUGUGAGAGACAUCAAUGCAGGUUCGGAUAUUCCUAUGACGAUGGGACAUUACCUACGAUCGAUGCGACAACUGGCGAAUCAAUGGACACCGACAAAUUUCAGAGACGAGCGCCGUCAGCGCCUUUACUUGAAAGACAUUGACUGUCCUCCCGAGUGGCACGAUGCACUGCAAAAAAACGCCAGCGAAGCCGGUGGCUCGCAACAAAAGGAAGACGCCUUCCGCGAUGAAGCUGCUGCAGCACCAGCUGGUGAUUUGAUGUCCAGCUUACCAGAAGAAAUGCGAGCCCAAAAUCUUAUGUGUUACAUUGGACAUGAAGGCACAUUUACCCCAGCACAUCGCGAGAUGUGUGCAUCGUUGGGUCAAAAUAUUAUGGUAGAAGCAUCAGAAGACGAGAAGGGCGAAAAACCAGGAAGCUCCAUCUGGUUCAUGACGGAAAGCAAGGACCGCGAGGUUGUUCGAGAAUACUUCCUCUCCAUGCUGGGACACGAUAUUGAGAUUGAAAAACACUUUGCUCAAAUCAAUGCGUGGAAGAAAGCACCUUUCGACGUUUAUGUCGUUGAGCAGCGAGUCGGUGACUUCAUUCUCAUUCCGCCCUUGGCAGCACAUCAAGUUUGGAAUCGUGGUACUCGAACGAUAAAAGUAGCAUGGAAUCGCACGACUGCCGAGACCCUAGAGUUGGCGUUACAUGAAGCCCUGCCGAAGGCUCGUCUUGUCUGCCGCGACGAACAGUACAAGAAUAAAGCCAUCAUUUUCUUCACUUUACAGAAGUACUAUCGCCAACUUCAGAAGCUGGAGGAUGAUGCAGAGAUGACUUCGAUGAGUUUCCUAGGACUUGGUCAAGACAUUCUCAGGAGCUCACCUCGUGCUAGACAGCUUGCGGGUGACUUUAAGAAGCUAUUCGGUCUGUUUACUGAGAUUCUCAUUGAUGAAAUGUUCGCACACAAGGAGAAGGAGGUAGAGUUCAUCGAGUUUGACUCGUGCAUCACAUGCUCAUAUUGCCGUUCAAAUAUCUUCAACCGAUUUUUGACUUGCAAACAUUGUACUCGGAUGCUGAUGAACGGCGAUGAGGAUACUUAUGACGUCUGCAUGGAAUGCUACGCCAUGGGACGGUCUUGUGCCUGCCUUUCGGGUCUUCAGUGGUGCGAGCAAUGGUCUUGGGCUGAUCUGGUCAAUAACUACGAGGAUUGGCGUUCAAUGAUUAUCAAGAAUGACGGAUUUGUUGACUUUGAAACCUCGCCUCAGCCCUUGGAGAUCGCCCGACAGCGUUCAGGAAAGAAGUCCUUGGCACAAAUUUGCCAAGAAGCCUUGAGAAGACGGCCUUGGAAAGACAUCACUCAGCCAGAACGCGAAGUUACACCAAGCGAGUCGGAGCCUGAGGUCGAUGGUGAAGGAAAGCCAAAGAAGAAGUACAAACGCAAGAAAAAGAAAGGAGAGCUCAGGAGAUGCCACGUCUGUUGUCACAAGGACUAUGCCUACCGAGUACACCAAUGCACCAACCCUGGCUGCACCGAGUCCUAUUGUUAUGGCGUUCUUUAUCGGGCUUUCGAUAUGUUACCACAGAAAGUGCUUGAGGAUGAGCAAUGGCAAUGUCCAAAGUGCUUAGGCAUAUGCAAUUGUGGCCACUGUCGCCGCCAAGGAAAUACAGACCCCUAUACACCAAAGAAUACUUUGCUGGGACAUGAUACCCGCCCGAUUGCCGAUGAUCGAAGUGUGGAAGCACUUGUCGACUUCCGAGUCCACAACCUCUCAUGGUUGAAGGCUGCUGGAGAGGAAAGUCGCAGCAAGGACAGCAGACGAAUGAAGAGGCUAAGAGAGCAGGCCGAUAAUGCCAAGGCACAAGAUAUUACCGAGCAGGAUGAAGCAGAUGAGUUCAUGCAAGACGCAGAGCAUGAUCCUCCUAGUGGUAUGCACGUACCUGGCAUGAACGGCUACGGAGAUCAGAGUCAUGUUCUUGGUCAAGGCGACCAGUCUAUGGCUGAUAACACUAUGGAAGGGCCAUAUCCACCAUACCCCGAAGAGAAUACUGGACUGGGCGAUCAUUCCAUGGCAAUGGACAUGUCACAGGCUGAAGACGCUGAUACUUCCCUCUACCCCGAUCCUUCACUGGUGGCACGACAGCGCAUUGGUAUGGGAUAUUAUGAACCAGACGACACACCCGACAAGAUUCUUUUUGAUCCUUUCCAGGCUCCAUCUGAGGAAGCCAUGCGACCGUCCGAGCCGGAUAUCCCUGAGUUUGUCAAGAAGUCUAUCCGCGCAGCCAAGAGAAAGGCCAAACGAGAAAACGAGGAUCCCGAUUUUGUUGUUGGCAAGUCCCACCACAAGAAACCUCGUCUCGCGGCCGAACCAGAAGCAGAUUUUCUGGAUAGUAUGGACCCUGCCUUAUUCAAUGGACCGCCAGCUGCCCCUGAGGCGGUCAUGGAUCAGCCUGGCCAAGACACAAGGGACCCGAGUACUGCACAAGACGCUGGAACAGAUGGUGCCCAGAACACACCAGAUGAAACCCCUGCUCCUGCUCCUGCUCCAGUCCCAUCUAAGAAACGGGGUCAGCUGCUGUUUGAUGCAAAUGAGCCCGAACUUCGACACGCCAAACCCAUAGCAUCAUAUGUGGAGGCGGACGUAGAUUCCGAUGAGUUUGGGGAAGAGCGCACGCAAGGGACAAAACCUAAAACACCCGCCGUUGGCGCACAGGGAGAGAAGAAGUCGGCUGUUGAUCUGGCUGCUGAUGCAGUUCGUGCCUUAUUCGGGACAUCAUCCCCUGCACCGCAACCCUCCAUCGAAAAAGACCCUGAGUCUGUCCUUGAGACCAAGACUCCGCCUAAACGCCGUGCUAGUUCUUCCAAGAAGCCAACAGGCGGCCAGAGAGGUUGGCCCAAGGGUCGACCUCGAAAAUCACGCUUGUCUCAAGUUUCAGCCGCGGAUGAUUCAAAUCAAUUCGCUGACGAGUCCAUCCAAGACCAAAGCGACAACAGUGACGUCGAACACGAGAGAAUGGUUGGCGAAUUAGAAGCACAGCUAGCUGCCGAGCUCGGUACGGUUCCUUCGGAGGCUGUAGCGGAGCCUCCUCAACCCCGACGCCGAGGAAGGCCUAGGAAAUCUGGUGUAACCACCAUUGCAGCUGGAUCAUCUACUGUGGACCCUUCUGAAGAAGACGCCCGGUCCAUAUCAGGCAACCCUAAGGAUCGAGCCUCGCGAACUAUCCGCCGUACUCGACGAUCAGAGGGUGUUGAUAAUGAAUCUGCUCGCGAUUCUGCGUCUCCACCACCGCCCAAAUCGGGUAGCGGAGGAACGCAGCUUAUGUCUAUGGCUGAACGAAUGGCACUUAAGGGGAAGAAAUUCAAGAUAGGCAAACGCAAAUCCACAACUGCCUCCACCAAUGUGACUGCAGCACAGUCAGGAGCGUCAUCACCCGCGCCAACCUUCAACGCCCCUCUGGCGGUAAUGGAUGAGCCGGCAGCAGAAGAGCCGAAGGAGGCUGCUCGUAGUCCGAGUCGGCACAGUGAAUAUUUCGGCAAUAGAUCACCCUCUCCAUCCUCGGUCCAUCAUGAAAGCUCGCGCAGCCCUUCGCCACCACCUACAACUCAGCGACCUACACAGCCGACAGUUGUCAGAAUUGGUGAUACAGAUUCAGAAGCAGAUAUGAGCGAUUCAGUGUCUGCUUCAGGAUCAGAUUCCGGUAGUGACGGGGAUAUUCCAGCAAGACGUGGCGCUGGUCGUGGAGGCCGAGGAGGUGGGCGAGGUCGAGGCAGAGGUAGAGGUAGACCAAGAGGUAGUGGAAGGGGGCGUUGAAAGGCGUAGAAAGCGUGUAUGGGUGUUUCAUUUAACGGGCACAUUGAUACCAAUGCUGGAGGACUUUGAAGCAUAUGCGUUUACAAUUUUUCGGAUCAUAGGUUAGCGAUAGGGGUUA